AAUUUAUAUCUAAUGGCUAAAAUAAAGUUUUGCUCUGUUGAUGAUUUGGGAAUUUCUUAGUGUAAUUAAUUUUUUUGAUCCACAGUAAUCAUCAAAACCAAAAAAGUGACAAUAAUCCAAUUCAAAGCAGUUCUGAAGACAUGAAGGAAGAAACCAACAAACAGCAAGUCGAUCAUCUGACUCAGAUGGAAGCAUAUUACAAAGGAGAACUUAGAAAGAAAGAAUAUACUAUUACAAAGAUAAGGAAGGAAUUGGAAUCACUGAAAGACAGACUGGCACAAGACAUGGCUGUUUCAAUAAAGACAGGAGACACUGAGAGCAUGAAUGACCCAGUCAGUAAAACCAGACUGACAGAAAUGUAUGACAGUCUAAAGCUGGAGAAGUGGACUGGAAUCAAAGAUCUUCUGAAAUCCAAUAAAACCAGUCCAGAGUUUACAAGGGCUUUGGUUCAGAAAACCUUUAAAGAAGCAGCAGAAGAAAUGAUAAGAAAAAAGCAUCAAAUAGAGGAGACUUUUGGAUCAACUGAGUGCAGCGGUGGACAGGAACAUCAAAAGGUUGAAGGUUACAGAAAGCUGGCAGUUCACAAUCUGCAGUUGGCUCUGUACCACAGCAACAAAGAUCUUCUGAAGAGUCCCUUUCCUAAAUAUGAAGGUGAAAAAGCUGAAGAUGUGAUGGUAAACCUGAGACGUCUGACCUCGGAGUGCUACUGGUUGGGAUGUUUGAUCGCUUUAAACAAUCCGCCUCUUCAGCCAGACUGGGAGAGUCAACAUUAUAUGAAAAACUCCUGGAACAUUUUCCCUCAAAGGCUCAAAGAUUCUGAUAAAUAGAAAAAGAACAACAUGCAUGCAUUUCUUUCAUGCAGUUUUAGUUUCCUGAAAGCACAAAUUAGGCUUCAUUGAAAAAAAGAUAAAUAUUGAUCAAAUGUUAUUCAUUUGAAAGAAAAUGCAUGCAAUGUAAAUUAUUAUUCUCAUUGUAGGUUUUUUUGUGCUUUCAUGUUUUUUUCUCAGUAUUGUUCUAUCAAAUGCAAUUGUUGUAGGUGUUGGUAAUAAAAUAAAAGCUUUAUGAGUGAAAGAAUUUACUUUAGAAUUACAAUUAAUUUCUGUCUGUGACAGAUCAAGUUUUGUCUAGCCAAA